AUGAACAGGAAUAACGGGACGGCCAACGAUGAGAUAGUGUUAUCUGGUACAGGACUGUCCUCCACCACGUGUCAAAAUGAGGUCAAAUUCGGUAGUGAUUCCUGUACUGUGACUGCUGGAUCAUCGUCAUCAGUGACGUGCAAGCUUGGCUCUGCCACCAGUCCCCCCGUCGGUGUACAACAGUCAAUAGAUGUCCGUGUGGGAAACCUCGGAAGUGCCCGUAUUGCCAUUCCUGGACAGAUUACUAGGACAUUUGCUGCUAUUCCUGUCGUUUCCAGUUUUUCGCCAGUUUUAGGUUCUCUGGAAGGAAACACACAACUGAACAUCGCUGGAGCAGGAUUUCAGGGAAGUUCCCCGGACAUUGAUGUCACUGUAACUAUUGGGGGUUACCCUUGUCUGAUCAGUUCUCUUUCCUACACAGCCAUUGUUUGUUCAACUCCAAAGUCUAUCACUGACGGUGCAAAGGCAGUGGAGGUCAAGGUCAACAUUGGUGGUCAGAUGGUGCCUACGGAAUGUGAUGCCAACUCCUGUGACUUCACUUAUGAUCUUGCGUCGACUGCCAGCGUAGAAUCAGUAUCGCCUACAUCAGUUGAUGGGUCGUCAACUACUUUGACCAUCAUUGGAAAGAGGAUGGGAAGCUCAACUAGUGACGUGAGUGUGACUGUUGGAGGUGAGGUCUGCACUGUGACUGCAGCUACAUCUACCGCCGUCGAAUGUUCAAUUUCUGCUGUACCAGUUGGGGCUCAGCCAUUAGUAUUAGAUGUUGCACAGAAAGGACGCGCCAAGCAUGACUCAUCUCCUGUGACUGUCACCGGUCAGUCUGUCAUUACCUCUGUCAGUCCCACAGCAGGCAGUACCAACGGUGGCACCGAUGUUACCAUCAUGGGUAACGGAUUCGAGCAAGGGUCAGUAGUUAAUAUAGAUGGCACAAAAUGUCCUUUAACCUCAGUUUCGCUCUCACAAAUCGUAUGCACGACUGCCGCGCAUGCCGCCGCUAACAGCCUUGAUCUUGUCGUCACGUCUGGCGGCACAGCCUACACUGCUGAGAAUUUUAGUUUUACUGUUGGGGCCACUCCAGUGAUUUCAUCCUUAUCGCCGGCAUCUGGAUCUUCAGGAGACACUAUCACACUCAGUGGUACGAAUUUUGGGGCAAGCCUUGCUGACAACACUGUCACACUAGGUGGGCGGGAGUGUACAUUGAUAUCGGCCUCUACGACGGAGAUUGCGUGCACUGUUGGGAACUACAGGGCCGGUACCUAUGAGAUGCUAGUGGAUGUUGCAGGGAGCGGACUUUCGAAUAACGACACAAUGUUUACCUUUGAUAUGACUGCUUCUGGUAUCAGUCCAAACUCAGGAAGUACUAAUGGUAACCAAAUCGUGACCAUAUCCGGUUCAGGGUUUGACGACACAACUACAGUUACGAUCUGUUCAGAGUCCUGUGUCCAGUCUACAGCACAGAAUUCCACAGAAACCAAAUUUAUCUGUGUCACGCCUGCAGCCUCUGGCACCACGACCCAAGUAUGUAGCGUACUCGUCACCGUGAACUCAAUCACACAGACGCUUAGCUACACGUAUGACUCGACGAAAACUCCGGAAAUCACAGGUGUGACCCCAACACGCGGUGGGACAGGAGGAGGUACUCGCAUCACAGUGUCCGGCUCCGGAUUCGGGUCUACCAAGUCGGAUUGUUCAGUAACAGUAGAAGGUAGUGCGUGUGUGGUGGACUCAGUCAGCAACAACCAAAUCGUGUGUGACACUGGUUCUAUCUCUGCUUCUGUUCGAGGAAAGGUCCGAGUGGAGAUUGCCGGGAACGGUCAGGCCAUACAGACAGCAGCAAACUUUCACUACGUUGACGUUUGGUCGUCAGUUUAUACAUGGGGAGGUGUAUCGCUGCCAACAGAUGGCGACCUUGUCGUUAUCCAAGCCGGUCAAACAAUCUACCUAGACACAACCACUGCAGUUAUGAAAAUGCUCCUAAUUCAAGGGGGAGAACUCAUUUUUGACGACAAUCAAGACGUUGAAUUAAAAUCUGAAAUUAUCCUUGUCACAAAUGGUGGUCUGUUUCAGGUUGGAACAGAGCAAGCACCCUUCCAGAACAAAGCCACAAUUACAUUGUAUGGACAUCAGCGUAGUAAAGAGCUCCCCAUAUAUGGUACCAAGACGUUGGCUGUCCGCGAAGGCACCCUUGACCUCCAUGGUAUACCUACACCUAUUACCUGGACGAAGCUAGCAGAAACCGCUAAUGCUGGUACAAAUGUUAUUAAACUCGAACAAGCCGUCAAUUGGAAUGUUGGAGACGAAAUAAUCAUAGCGACCACUGGCAAUUUCAAGUCUCAGUAUCAGAACGAACAGAAAACCAUCACAGCCAUCGCUGGCGAUCAGAAGACCUUGACCUUGGACUCAAAUCUGGCGCAUGAACAUAUCGCUGUUACAGAAAGUUUUGGAACUAGCGCAAAUGCAGCCACCUUGGAUUUUGCUGCAGAAGUUGGCCUUUUAACACACAACGUUAAAGUGCAGGGUAACAGUGAUGCGCAGUGGAUUGAGAAAAUUGAAGCGUGUCCUGACGGCUUUAACACUGGUGAAUUUGCAACCCAGACAUGCUUCCAGGGGCGUUUUGGCGAGGAAAUGGGCAGUGAUCAGUUUGGUGGGCAGAUCAUGAUUCAUGCACCAGAAUUUGAUACGCACAGGUCCACUGGCCGCAUACAGUAUGUGGAAUUAUUUCAUAUGGGUCAGGCAUUUAGAUUGGGGCGUUAUCCACUUCACUUCCAUCUUAAUGGCGACAUGUCACACUGUUACGCCCGUGGAUUAGGCAUUCAUGAAACAUUCAACCGUGCGGUAAACAUACAUGGCACACACAACCUGCUGGUCGAACACAUUGUCAUCUAUAAUAUCAUGGGUGGCGCUUUCUUCUUGGAGGACGGCAUAGAAAGUGGCAACACAAUCCAGUACAAUCUUGCUAUAUUUGUUCGCGAAAGUUCCAGUCUACUUAAUGAUGAUGUCACCCCAGCCUCGUUUUGGGUUACCAACCCUAACAACACAAUCCAGCAUAACCAUGCUGCUGGCGGGAGUCACUUUGGAUUCUGGUACCGCAUGCACGACCACCCAGAAGGUCCGUCAUUCACCAACACAGUCUGCCCAAAAUUAGUCACCUUAGGAGUAUUCCACAACAACUCGGCUCACUCUUUCGGCUGGUUUGGUCUCUGGAUCUUCCCAACCUAUACGCCUAGAGUAGGCGGUAUUUGUGGUUCUUCGGCACCAACACCUGUCGUCUUCGAUACGUUCCUUACUUGGAACAAUGAGAAGGGUGUGGAAACAGUAAACACUGGUGCCCUACAAUUUAGUAAUAUUCAGGCAGUAUCGAAUAAAAAGGCAGGGUUUGAGGGAAAGCUUAUGUUAGAGGGGGAGGAUUUAUCGAAUCCUUCAAACGAAGCCGCACUCAAGGAUUCGCUUAUUGUCGGACAUGCCUCGUUUUCAGGUGGUUCUGAAUGUACAAAUGGAGCUGUUGUAUUUCCUUACGGAUUUGGCUUCCAGAUAAACAAUGUUGAAUUUGUGAACUUUGACAGGUCUAGUUGUUCUGCCCUCAUUUGGACAAGAAUUGAUGGAACGUGUGGAGACCAAUGCGGUGGGUUUUCCUACAAAACAUCAGGUUUAACAUGGACAAGUUCUCCGAAUCGCGGCCGUUAUGCAUGGUUAUUUGAGGGAAUCCUUGAAGAUCAGGAUGGCACGCUGUGUAACAGUGCGAACUGUAAGGUUAUACCGACUACCGGAACUCUUCCACCUAGUUGUGUAAAUUACCCCGAAUUCAAUUUUGGUAUACCAGCAAGCGUGUGUCCGUCUACUGUGAAAUUUCAUAGAUUUGGUUUUAAUAAAAUAAAGCCUGCCUCUCUAGAUUUUAAGCAGUCGAAUUGGACAAACCAAUACGGAUCUUCCCUUGCUGAGCACCGUGAUAAACGUAUCACGCACAAAAUGGGCUGGGUACUGGCCUUGGUUAGUGGCGAAACAUAUAGUAUUGGAUUUGUUGACGCAGCCACCCAAACGAAUCUCAGUUUCUCUGGAACAUUCUAUCAUUUUGAGAACAACGAUCACAUAUUUCUGCGUCAAAAGGUGAACAAGAAACCCGACAGACUGAAGAGUGAUGCUCGUGGGUUCAUCGAGUCUUCUGAUGUUGCUCUAGACGCUAACAUUCACAUCAAUGGAGAUUGGACUUUCGAUCAUUAUACCGACGAGAUCACAAUUCUUGUUAAGGGUAGUGGAGGUGUCAGUGGUAGAAAGAAGCGAGGUUCACCCGCUUUGCCAGUUGGUGCCGCCAGUAUAUCAUUUGAUUUCCAGGCCUUCAAAUGUUUCUAUGCUAACUGUACUCCUCCCCCAGACCCCAACACAGUCCCUCCAGUGACUCAACGGCCAUCGGAAUUUGUUUAUUGGUCCGAGUCGAACUCUUGGACUUGGCUCAACAAUACCCUCCCGGAAGCCGGAACCGACCUGACCAUACCUAUAGAUAUUUGGAUGGUAGCAGACAUGGCCAUUCCAUGGUUCAAUAAGGUCAUCCUUUACGGCACAUUAGAGUUUGAUCAUGGGACUUCCGCUCCGUAUCGCGAUAUUGACCUUAACGCGACCCAUAUCAUUAUCCUUGGAGGGAGGCUUAUCAUAGGCUGGCCUGAUGCCCCCUACCUUGGUAAUUCACAGAUAAUCCUGAGAGGCAACUGGCAAACAGCGGAAUACACAGAUCUCACCAACGCGCCAACAGUGGGGGCAAAGGCAAUUGGAGUGUUUGGUGGACUUGACCUCCAUGGAAUUGAUGUCGGUGUGUCUUGGACACGACUAGCCGCGACAGCAGCAGCUGGGGCUUCCACAAUCACCUUAGCUAAGGCUGUCAACUGGACGGCCGGAAACGAGAUCGUCCUAGCAACGACAAGCUACGACAUGUGGGAGACGGAGACAUUUAGGAUUGCCAGCGUGUCUCAAGAUGGACUGACGCUUACUCUCAACAGCUCGCUAUUGUACAAACACGUUGUCCACUCUGAAACAAUAGGCAGUACCAACAUCAACCUAGGAGCAGAGGUGGGACUUCUAACGAGGAAUGUCAAAAUCGUUGGGGAGGAUUAUGACAAAAUGUUUAAAGAGUCGUUUGGUGCCCGAACGUUGGUAGGAACAGCCCAGAAGGGAAUCACAGAAUACAUCGGUUAUGCUCGCUUGAGCAAUGUAGAGUUUUUCCACACGGGGCAAGAAGGUUACACGGAGUUCUACGAUGCCAGAUUUUCACUUACGUUCCUGGAUGGCGGUACUGUUACUAGCAUCAAACCUUCAUAUGUGAACAAAUGUGCAUUCCACAACGGAUUUUCGCCAGCCAUCGGCGUUUUUGGAACUCACAGUUUGCCAAUCGAGGAUAAUGUUGUGCAUCACACAGUUUGGUGGGGUAUUGAGACAUCCUCUGAUGAUACUCAGCUUCGCCGGAACCUGUUGACUCUUGUAGUAUGGGAAGGUUCAUACCAAGACCGCCAAGAGUCGUUUAAUUUUCGCCACAAUGGCGCAAUUAGUGCGACGACAGCUAAGGCCAUUGUCAUUGAAGAUAACGUAGUAGCGGGAGCAGAAAGGGCUGGAUACAGGUUAAACGCGAUGGAGUGUGGUAGUGCUGGCUACGGUAGUAAUCUGGUGCACAGCUCUUUGAUGGGGUUCGGCAUAUAUCCUGGUGAUGAAUUAACAGUAUCAUGUGUUCAAAUAUCCAACAUUACUGCUUGGAAAUGUCGAGACAGCGGAGUUUACUAUGAAAAUGUUUUAAGUGUGGAAAUUAAAAAUGUUGUUUUAGUAGAGAACACAGUGGGGAGUGCACCAUUAAUGAAUGGCCCUUCAGCCGUCGCCCAUCAAACUGCCGACAAAUAUGUCUUAAUAAAAGAUUCCACGGUAGUUGGUGCGACAGCCUCCUUCGACUGUACCAGUGAUAAAUUGAAAUCCGAUGAAAAUAUCCAGUUUAGUUCCCAAGCACGCACAUGGAACACGGAUGGCAGUCACGUUGGCAUUGGGUUUACACUGUUUAUUGAAUCAGGCAAUGCCAUGCCAAAGAAGCCUCAUUUUGGAACUAUGUCUUAUCCAACAAUUUUUGGAAGAAUGAAAUUUGAUGGUGUGGCAUUUGCCCAUUUUAAAACAACUUGUGGAAUCAAUGACUACGCAGUAACUACCAAUGCUAAAGGGGUUGAUGGUCAACAUCCUAUAGAGUCCACGAACGCAGUUAUCACAGAUGUGGCUACAGACAACAAAAUAUUUUACCACAGACCAAAUGUUGGGACGAUUAACAGUGCCGAUUGUGUUGAUAUGGACUGCGAUGGUCUGAAAAAGGACCUGUUCGUUGAUGAAGAUGGAUCAUUUCUCGGAAGCAUUGGUGCUGUAAUUUCUGAGUCUGAGUGGGAAUGGGGUGGUGAUCCAAGAAGGGGCCUCGGGGAUUACAGAAUCCCGAAGACGAUGUUAACCACACUGGAUGGCACUCGUAUACCGGUCAAUGAUAUAGCACCAAACAAAGGUAUUAUCCGCAAUAACAACUGUCAGUAUAGGUCAGCCUGGCAUGCUUACGAGUGUCAUGACCUGACGUACAAAAUGCUGAUUAUCGAAAGUAUGGAUUCGGACACGGAGACCCGCCGAGUGUCACCUGUUGCUAUUCUCGGAGAUGGGUAUCUUGAUCUCAUUAACGGUCCCGCGGAUCACGGCUGGUGCAGCGGAUACACUUGUCGUAAACGAGUUUCCACUUUCAUGGCUAUUGUCGCUACUGGAAAAGAGUAUCUUAUUCACUUUACUGGUACCUCACCCCAACAUCUCAGGUACUUCCUUCUUAACUCUGACGACACACAGUCCGUCAAGCUUGCAGUCUGGUACUCGCAGCCAAACAGGCGCGACGUCUUUGUUGAUGGCAAUCUCGUUUCACCUAAAAACGGAAGGACUGUAAACGGAGCGUACAUACUCGACCCACCUUCUUAUUCUGACGAAUUCAUGCCAAACGUGUCUGACACAUCCGGUGAGAAUUAUUAUGACCGCGACUCUGGACUCCUCCAUUUCACCAUUAGAGGGAAGAAAGCUGUGGAGGUGAAAACAGAUCCCUCAAUCAUCGUAUCCUUUCAAUUUCCGGCCAUGACCGUCGAUCAAUUCUAUGGACCCCAACUCAUACAGCAUCUUGCAGCAUUCUUCGAUCUCCCACCAAACAAGGUUCGACUUGUAAAGGUAGUAAGGGAGACAACUCCUGCUGGUCGAAGGCGCAAGAGGUCACAGGGAUAUGACCAGGUGAUCCUGGAGAUUUCUGAUACUCCUCGUUCUAAUGUCAACGACUCAAGUGACCUGACCCAAACACAACUGCAGAAUAUUUCUGCUACGCUAGUCAACGAGGUACAACUCGGAAACAUAAGCCAAGUUGUCAACCUGACGGUUGUGGGUGUGGCUGUAGUUGAGCCACUGGCAUCACCCAGCUCCCCCGAGUGGAAUGCCAUGACCACGGACUCUCCCUACACAGUUAUUGUAGAAGCUUCGAGCAUGCGAUUCAACCCUGCACCAGAACCACAACACGAGGGGGUGGUCUUCAAGACACAGCCAAAGAUACAGGUUUUGGAUGCACAGGGUCAACCAAUAAUACAGCUAGGGACGGCCUCCCAGCCUUGGCAAAUAACUGCAUCGCUGCGGCCUGGCGGGUCCAAUGCACUGGCCAACCUCACCGGAAAUCUCACCGUAGAGUUUGCCAAUGGCUGGGCCAACUUCACCGACCUGCUCAUCACUCAAUUCGGUACGGACUUCUAUAUAGAUUUUACAGUGACCGUGCCGACCGACUCUAACUUCACCAUAGCCUCUGAUCCACUGACAGUCACUGGGCGACCAAUCAUAGCUUCAAUUGCAUCCAAGACUUCUACUGUCAUUGAAAACAACUACUUUGCCAUAGGGGUUGAGCUUCGUGAUGAGAUUACGUCAGAACUCAUACCAGAUAUUGCCUGGAGGGGUCACACUUGGACUAUGACUGCAGAACUGAACAAGCCUGAACUUCACCUAGGUUCGUUGCUUGGAUAUAAUGAGACCAUAUUCUCCACCUCCUCCAGUUCAGCCAAUUUUUACUCGUUGAACUUCACAUCUCUUGGAGUCUAUGCCUUGAAGCUGCACAUCUACACGACGCCGUCCGGAUACGACUUCUACGAAGAGGUCCAGGUGUUGGUGCGAUCACAGACCCAGACCAGCAUUGUCGUUCAGCAGACCACACAGGUGGAGAUGAAAUUUGAUUCAGAUUUCAAUACAGUGGUCGGUGCUGACGAUAAACCGUUUGCUGCUAUGAUGGGAAACUACUUCGCCGCGAAAUACCCCGAUGUUCUCGUAAAUUCUGUGGCCGUCACGGCAGGAAGUAUCGUGGUGACAUAUUCUAUCAGUGGAGGGAUAUCCGGUGUAAACACGACUGUCUAUGGCAUGUGUGAUACUAUUCAAAACAGCACCGCCUUCUCCUUCAACUCACAGUCCCUCUCGCUGUCCGGCUACCUGACAGUUGGCGGAGUGUCAUACUACGGCGUCUCAUGUGGGCCUAUAACAUCAACUACCUCUGACCUCAGCAGUACAAAUCUGGCUCUGAUUAUCUCCCUUGCCGUUGUAUCUACAAUCCUUGUCUGUGUCGUCAUGGGAAUUAUAUUCUGGAAGUGCAAGGUGCAACCAAAGACCAAGACAAGGGAUUUGAAUAACUAUACCAACUACAUCGGCCAUCAAAGCACCAUUGAGGACAUCCUGUUCCGUGAGCAGUCGUUUAUGAGCAUCAGGGACAAGUCUGCAGGUCUGCCUCAAGCUCCUGCUGCAACCAACAUUAACAGUCUGGGUGUAAACAACUACCAUAACCCGGAAAGAAAGAGUCCUCUACCCUUUUAAAUUCUAAGGAUGGAAAGCCAAUUGUCUCCCCUUAUCAAUGGAGACUAUUAUAGAAUAGCAAUCUGUGAUAUUGUGUGUAAUCAUUAGAAAUUGAUUAUAUAUAUUUUUUAACUGUGAUAUUCUAUUUCCAAUUUAUAUCGUAUCAGUAAGUACUUCAUUUUGUGGGUUUUUUGGUAGGUUCAACGUUGACAAAAAUGUCUGUAAUUUUUUAUUUUUUUUUAAUUUGUGAACAUAAUCAUAUUAAAUCAAAAUUAUUUAAAAAUGAAAAGACAUUUUUCACUUAAAUAUGAAUAGAAUGUACAUUUCAUAUACAAUGCCUAAUUGAAUAAUUAAGGUUAUUAUUGGACACAUAUGAAGGGCACAAACAACAAAAUGUUUAGUUUGCGUGCUUUAAGACAUAUGGUAUCUAAAAAUAUCUAUUUAUUUUGAAACAAGAACUUCUGUGAUAUUUGCCUAUUCUAUCGAGGGAAUAUUAACAAUAUAUAUACAUAUCCUUUAAAGUAAUAUGUCACGUGUUUUUACGAGUAAUAAAAACAUGAAAGAAAAACUUAAACACUUGUAUAUCAAAAUUAUUUGCUUUUGUCCAUCGGUAUUUUCGAGUAUUGACGGAGAGUAUCAAUCAAGAGAAUUAUUGAAAGAAUUACUUUAUAUUUGCAAACACCAAUAUUUGUUCCUUUUGUUAAAUAUAAUUCUUGUUUAUAUCUUAAUUAAGAGAAUAUGUUGCGUUAUGUUUAAGAUAGUUUAUUAUCAAAUGAUAACCUGUAUUCUAGAUAAUUUACAAACAUUUUGUGAUUUUUAAGCAUAAUCUAUACCUCAUAUCUUAUUAUAGAAAUAUUUCUUAUGUUUGAUAUACAUGUCAAGUAACGGAGCAUAUGUCUGUAAAGCAAAGUUUUAAAUUCAAGUGUUUACAAAUAUAGGAUAUGGUUUGUAGUUACAUGUGUUGCACAGUAUUGAUAUUGUUUUGUUGUAUUUGAUAUAGUAUUCUUCAAUUCCUUUGAGGCAAACAAUAUGUAGUAUUCAGUGAUUUCUUUGCAUUUCUAAUUUGUAAGUAUUUGUUUUCUUAUUUUCCUCACUUAGUCCCUAUUUACACUAUGAGCUGGUUCUCAUGUUUUGAAGCUAACCGUUAACAGUUUAUAUUUUGUUUUUUCUAGUUUGAUAUACGUGUACUUCAACUUCGAUUAUUUUUAUCUAGGUUAUUUGUAUACGCUUGUAUACUUUAGUUACACGAUCCAAUCAAUUUCAUAUUAAAAUAAAAUCUUUUUCUAUAAUUGAAAAGAAGCAUACCCUUUUUGUGAUAAGCAUUUAAAAAAAAUAUUGAAACAGAUUCAAGUUCUUGUGAUUUAUUUAAAAAAAACACACAUGUUUUAAGUGUAGUAUAAGGUUUUUUGGAAAGAUGUCAACAAGCCUUUAGGAAUUACAAUUUGAUUAUAUGGCGUACCUAUUGGUUUGAGAAGUAUUUUUAUUUUACGAUUUUAGAUCUACGCACUUAGUAAUGUAAUACUAA